CCCAGGCUGAAAGAAUAGCUUCUACAUAGGACAUGUCUGGGAGAGAGCAAGAGAACUGGCCAACUCAAGAUGAAUCAUAAACCUUCUUUUCCAACGCGGUGAAUGCCAUAUCUACUCACAUUUCAUUGGUCAAAGUAUGUCACAUGACCAAAAGCAAACCCAAUGAGGAGAGAGGGAGAGUGAUCAAAAAGGGAGAGGAAUUGGCACUCGGUAGCUUCCCAUUCGGCUGAAAGAGGAACAGCUCUGGUUGCCACAACUUUGGUUGCUCUUUCUCACUGAGUUUGUCGAGGCGUGGCCGUUCCUGCAGUCCACUGGUGCCCCCUAUCGUCCACUUCAGGAGACUCACAAGCAGCGUGAACAGCUAAACCUGGGCAGUAGGGUCCUGCAAAGCUUUCCAGGUGAUUCUAAUGUGGCACUAGAAUUGAAAAACACUCCUCUUCAAAGAAGAGCUGGAAGGGGUAAAAAUAUUUCUGAAGCAGAGGUCUGGCUGUGCUAAAAACAUGCUUUUCCAGCUUUAAUGGGCAUAAGGAAGGCCCAACAAGCUCCCAGAUGCUUUAUGGACAUUGCUCCAAUGAAUCUUCACGACAAGUCUAUGAGGCAGGUGCCAUCAUUGUUCCUGUUUCACAGAUGAAGACACUGAGGUUCUAAGAAGUUGCCAGACUCAUUGGGGCUUCAGAGCUGGAACUUGAAAACCAAGUCUUUGACUCCAAGAGCCUAGCAUGGUGCCAAAUCCAGAGUAACUCUCGAAAGAUGUUGUAUGAAUGAUGAAAGAAAUGAGCUUAUAGGCUAGAAGACUAAAAAGGAAUCAGAUCUGUGAAGAGCCUAGUAAGCCAGACUAAGGAAUUAAAAUUGAUCCUGAAAUUAUGGGAAGCCCCUGAAGGAUUUUAAGAGGCCGACACCUCACAUGUGGAGGUGCAGGAGGUAAGACGUGUCCGAAAGAACCAAGACGGAAAUCAAAGAAACAGUCGUGAGCUACCGCACUAGGCCAAGCAAAUCAUCAUGAAGACCUGCAGGCAGCUAGUAAUGGUGGCGAUUGGGAGGAGGAAGAGGAUUCAAGGCCAUGCAGAUGGGCAACCAUAUGUCCUCAUUUGCUUCAGACAGGUCCAGUUUACUCCUGGUACAGUUAUUAAUAGUGUCCCUUUCCGUCCCCAGAAUGCCCUAGUUUGGAUGAUACUUAUCCUUUCACUCUGUAUGUAGGAGAUAAAGUUAACAGAACAUGAGGCGGGGGUGGGGAGUAGAGUGAGUUGUGUAGGAUAUGACUCAUGUUCUGCCCGAGGUGACCCAGUGACUGGUAACACCAUUCACCAAAUUAGGCAGUCUAGGAGGAGAAGCAGUAGGAGAAGUUCCUUUUUAAAAUAAAAAUAAAGUUAAAAAGUGAGUCAUUGAAAAGUAUUCAGGAAAUCGCAGUAAAAGAUGACAAAAAUUGCGAAGGAAAGACCCAAAUGGCUAGAGUCUGGGGAAUACUGAUGGAAGGUAUCAUCAGGCUGAGAAAGAACAUCUUCCCUCCCUGAACCUCUGAACCGAGUUAGUCUCAGGGCCAUUCAUUAGGAAACCUGCCCUCAUCUGCCAUUCACACCAACUGCAGAUGGAAAAUUGAAAUGGCCAAUUAAUUCCGGGUCUGGUUUCUCACUUCCCGUUUUCUUCCCUCCAAGUCACUGCUAUGUCUGCUCCCAACAGCCAGCGACUUCUGAGUAUCUUCAGCAUUAAUUGGAUCACAGCUGCCCGUGGUCAUUCAGAUAGUCAAAAUAACGCCGCACCACGCCAAGAUCUAGUUAACUGAGUCUAGUCUGAAGAACACAUCCCUUGGUUCGAGCCAAAGGUCAGGCAACACCAAAAUGUUCUACCUCGUUUAUAAGCCACAUGACCCAAGAUCCUUACUAAUCUGUACUCAUAUUUGCCAACACCUCAGCUUUUUUCCUCCCCCUACAACGUGUCAACAACUGAGUAAUUAUUUAAUAAACCUCAGAACAUACCUCUGCUUCUUCUCUUGGCCGGAGAGACCCGGGAUUUUCCCAGUUUCGGUUUCAAGGUGGCUCUGACUUCAGGGUUCCAAGUGCAGUCAAGUGGAAGAAUAAAUGCACCCACCAGAGCCUUUUGAGGGAACUUUCAAACAAAACUAUGGCUUUUCAAGUAUUAAGAGGGAAUGACAGACUGAACUAAGCUCAGUAUUCCUUUCAAUACGCGUGUUAAAGGUUAUGUUAGCAGCUGUCGAAUCGCUGGCCAACUCUAACUACAUCACUCUUCACCCUAAAUCAGAUGGUUUGGGUGGUACCCGGAACUUGCCUCUCUGGGCUGACUCUGAGCAAUAGGAUUAUUCAAGAAGGUGAUUUUUGGUUUUCCAGGCAUUCCCAUCACUUGUGCCAUUAUUAGCCUGAUGAACAAGAGAACCCAGGACCCCAAGUCCUGAGACCCUCCUGCUGCUGCUGGUGGCUCAGAGAACUCUACCCCCUCCAUCUGCAUCUCCUGCUAGAGGUUGGACGCCAAGGCCAUCUGUCUGACAAGUGUGACCGCUGAGGACCUGGGGGUAGCCUAAGUGGUGUCUCCUCUGUGUCCCACCAUGACUGACUCCUUGGCAAGUAGAGAGCAGAUGUUUCUGACCCCAAGUCCAUCUUACUGCACCAGCCAGAAGCAAAUGAGAGUAAGAGUUCAGGAAUCUUUGGCCAUAUUGGGGUUCUUCAGGAGUCAUGCAUGGCUGUGGGAAAGCUCAUCUCAAACUCCUACCAAAGGUUGGAGUGGCACAUAAACCCUUCUGCUUCUACUUCUGAUUCCUACUACCUACCCGCUGGCCUCCAAGUCUGAAUGCACAAAGCUCAACCAGGAUUCACUCUUGAAGCAACAAAACAGACAUUUUCCUAAACUCACCAGUUUAGGGACUUCAUUCCUCAGGGCCUUAUAUGAUCCUACAAGAGCUGAGAAGACCACAAAUGUGUGAUGGGGUGAAACUCCCUCUACCAAGCAGGACGAACAACUUCCGAAGACGCCGUGUCACCAGGCACCAGCAGGGGGCAAUUCCAGAGCCAGGGACGACGGAACCUGCACCACAGCAGCGAUCCAAGCCACAGCAGUGAUACUACCACAUCUCCAACCCACUGAACUACCAGUUGCUCGAGAUCCUUGGCCCAGGGACUUCCACAUGCCCGGAAUGAAGCAAAACAAACAAACAAAACCAGGAAGGAUGCCAAGGAGUCCUGGAGCGAGAUGGGGGAGAAGGCUUCAGAGCAGAGGCUCAGAGCAGUCCUUUACAGAGGCGCUUAGUAAGUCCUUGCUGGAUGUAUUCACCUCAGCAGUGACCUUCUUUAGGACGUCUUCCCUCUGCCACCCCUCUGCAUCCCGAAGCGUCCUGGGCUCCUUCGGCUAUCUACUUCACAAGGUGGUUCUGGAAUGGAGCCGGGAUCAAUACCACGUUUUGUUUGAUUCUUACAGAGAUAAUAUUGCUGGGAAGUCCUUUCAGAAUCGGCUCUGUCUGCCCAUGCCGAUUGAUGUGGUUUACACCUGGGUAAAUGGCACAGAUCUCGAUCUACUGAAGGAACUGCAGCAAGUCAGAGAACAGAUGGAGGAGGAGCAGAAAGCAAUGAGAGAAAUCCUUGGGAAGAACACAACAGAACCAACUAAGAAGAGUGAGAAGCAGUUGGAGUGUUUGCUGACACACUGCAUUAAGGUGCCAAUGCUUGUUCUGGACCCAGCCCUGCCGGCCAACAUCACACUGAAGGACCUGCCAUCUCUUUAUCCUUCUUUCCAUUCUGCCAGUGACAUAUUCAACAUUGCAAAACCAAAAAAUCCUUCCACUAAUGUCUCAGUUGUUGUUUUCGACAGUACUAAAAAUGUUGAAGAUGCCCACACUGGAAUGUUUAAAGGAAACAGCAAACAGACAGUUUGGAGGGGCUAUUUGACAACAGAUAAAGAGGUCCCUGGGCUAGUGCUAAUGCAAGAUUUGGCUUUCCUGAGUGGAUUUCCACCGACAUUCAAGGAAACAAAUCAACUAAAAACAAAAUUGCCGGAAAAUCUUUCUUCUAAAAUAAAACUGUUGCAGUUGUAUUCAGAGGCCAGUGUAGCACUUCUGAAGUUGAAUAACCCCAAAGAUUUCCAAGAACUGAAUAAGCAGACGAAGAAGAACAUGACUGUCGAUGGAAAGGAACUGACCAUAAGUCCUGCGUAUUUACUGUGGGACCUGAGUGCCAUCAGCCAGUCUAAGCAGGAUGAAGACGUUUCUGCCAGCCGUUUCGAGGAUAAUGAAGAGCUGAGGUACUCACUGCGAUCCAUCGAGAGGCACGCGCCGUGGGUUCGGAAUAUUUUCAUCGUCACCAAUGGGCAGAUCCCAUCCUGGCUGAACCUUGAUAAUCCUCGAGUGACCAUAGUCACACACCAGGAUGUUUUUCGAAAUCUGAGCCACCUGCCUACCUUCAGUUCCCCUGCUAUCGAAAGUCACAUCCACCGCAUCGAAGGGCUGUCCCAGAAGUUCAUCUACCUGAAUGAUGAUGUCAUGUUUGGAAAGGACGUCUGGCCGGAUGAUUUUUACAGUCACUCCAAAGGUCAGAAGGUUUAUUUGACAUGGCCUGUGCCAAACUGUGCUGAGGGCUGCCCCGGAUCCUGGAUUAAAGACGGCUAUUGUGACAAGGCUUGCAAUAAUUCCGCCUGUGAUUGGGACGGUGGCGAUUGCUCUGGUAACAGUGGAGGGAGUCGCUACAUCCCAGGAGGCGGGGGCACCGGGAGUAUGGGAGGCGGACAGCCCUGGCAUUUCGGCGGAGGAAUAACCGGCGUCUCUUACUGUAAUCAAGGAUGUGCAAAUUCCUGGCUCGCUGAUAAGUUCUGUGACCAAGCCUGCAAUGUCUUAUCCUGUGGGUUUGAUGCUGGCGACUGUGGGCAAGAUCAUUUUCAUGAAUUGUAUAAAGUAACUCUUCUCCCAAACCAGACUCACUAUGUUAUUCCAAAAGGUGAAUGCCUGCCUUAUUUCAGCUUUGCAGAAAUAGCCAAAAGGGGAAUCGAAGGCGCCUAUAGUGACAACCCCAUAAUUCGACACGCUUCUAUCGCCAACAAGUGGAAAACCAUCCACCUCAUAUUGCACAGUGGCAUGAAUGCAACCACAAUACAUUUUAAUCUCACACUUCAAAGUACAAACGGUGAAGAGUUCAAAAUCCAGCUAGCGGUAGAGGUUGACACAAGGGAGGAGCCCAAACGGAAUUCUACGACCCAGAAGUCUUACCAAGAUUUGGUCAGCCCGACAGUGCUUCUUCCAGAGGUGGAAAUCCCGUUUGAGGAUAUUCCAGAAGAAAAACGCUUCCCCAAGGUCAAGAGACACGAUGCUAACACAACAGGAAAAUUCCAGGUGGAGGUGGAAGUUCCGCUGGUCAAUAUUUCACUCCUUCCCAAGGAGGCCCAGCUGAGCCUCAGUAACUUGGAUUUGCAGCUGGAACUCGGAGACAUCACCCUGAAAGGAUACAACCUGUCCAAGUCAGCCCUGCUGAGGCCCUUUCUGAUGAACCCACGUUAUGCAGAGUUGGCAGUAAAUCAGGCUCCUGUGACAGGGCAACGAAAUGACAGUAUGGAGGCCCCAUUGGGAAAACAGGUUCACAGAAGCAUCUACCCGAGCAGCUUAGGAACACCUGAAAGGUCCCAGGGGUCCUUGCCUCUUCCAGCAGUGACCAUGAGGGUGAACGGCCAUUCCCAGAGUCAGACGCCACUGGACUUAGAAACCAAAGCCAGACUCAGGUCCCAAACUCUGACCCAAACAAUGGGAGGCAGGAGUGUGUCCAAAGAAAAGUUCUCAUCUCUGAUUGUCAGCUUGGAAAAGAAGGAGACACAAGAAAAGAUAAUCACAGGGAAAGAACAAGAGAAAAACAGACUGGGGGAAAAUGCUAACAGUCACCUAGGUGGUGAUGAAGUAUUACCUGGAAGAAAACUGCAGUAUUACACAGACAGUUACCUGGGCUUUUUGCCAUGGGAGAAGAAGAAGUAUUUCCAGGAUCUUCUGGAUGAAGAAGAGUCACUGAAGACACAACUGGCAUACUUCACUGACAGCAAACACACUGGGAGGCACCUAAAAGAUACGUUUGCAGAUUCCCUCCGUUAUGUGAAUAAAAUUCUGAACAGCAAGUUUGGAUUCACGUCUCGCAAAGUCCCCGCACACAUGCCUCACAUGAUCGACCGGAUCGUUAUGCAAGAACUGCAAGAUAUGUUCCCUGAAGAAUUUGACAAGACGUCGUUUCACAAAGUGCGCCAUUCCGAGGACAUGCAGUUUGCCUUCUCUUACUUUUAUUAUCUCAUGAGUGCAGUUCAGCCCUUGAAUGUAUCUCAAGUCUUUGAUGAAGUUGACACAGAUCAAUCUGGUGUCUUAUCUGAUAGAGAAAUACGAACGCUGGCUACCAGAAUUCACGACUUGCCUUUAAGUUUGCAGGAUUUAACAGGUCUGGAGCACAUGUUGAUAAAUUGUUCGAAAAUGCUUCCCGCUAAUAUCACUCAGCUAAACAACAUCCCUCCAACUCAGGAAGCUUACUAUGACCCCAAUCUGCCACCAGUCACUAAAAGUCUAGUUACCAACUGUAAGCCAGUGACUGAUAAAAUCCACAAAGCAUAUAAGGACAAAAACAAAUAUAGGUUUGAAAUCAUGGGAGAAGAAGAGAUUGCUUUUAAGAUGAUUCGUACCAAUGUUUCGCAUGUGGUUGGCCAAUUGGAUGAUAUAAGGAAAAACCCCAGGAAGUUUGUUUGCCUGAAUGACAACAUUGACCACAAUCAUAAAGAUGCCCAGACAGUGAAGGCUGUUCUCAGGGACUUCUACGAAUCCAUGUUCCCCAUACCAUCCCAGUUUGAGCUGCCAAGGGAGUAUCGGAACCGCUUCCUCCAUAUGCAUGAGCUGCAGGAAUGGAGGGCCUAUCGAGACAGACUGAAGUUCUGGACUCAUUGCGUGUUGGCCACGUUGAUCAUGUUUACGAUAGUCUCAUUUUUUGCUGAACAGUUAAUUGCGCUUAAGCGGAAGAUAUUCCCCCGCAGGAGGAUACACAAGGAAGCUAGUCCUGAUCGAAUCAGGGUAUAAGAAGAUCUUCGUUUGAAAACCUACCUCAGCAUUACUGAGCAUUUAAGACCCGGCAUCACAGAGGUGUCUUCACGAUGUGAAGCUUAGCCAGCCUGGCCUGAAGAAGGAGAAACACCCAGCACAAUGCCUGUUUUCCGGAGUGAAUAUAGCCUACUGACCAGGAAUUACUUACCCAACACACAGAAAAUGUGUGUGUUGAGCAGCUCUGGUUUUAGUUUUAAAGCAUUUGCUCGUGGACCUGUCUGUUGUUCUUUAAAUGAAAAGUCGCCGAUGAGGGGCAGCACUGGUUGCUGUGGGAGCUGAGCGGCUAACUAGCGUGAGAAGCCUGGGCCGGCUGGCGCGCUGAGGGGCCCCAGUCUGGUGCAGGCCAAAGCUUUUUGCUCUGGUUUUACAUCUGGGUGUUUUUUACGUUUGUUUCUUUUUUCCAUUUUCCAUUUUUAAAGUAAGUAGCUGACUUAAUUAGCUACCCUUGCUUUUGAACACAGUGAAUUGGGAUGUCUGAACAUGUUUUUAUACAUCUUAUUUAAAUAAAGCAUCAAUAUCCCCUCCUAUUGGCAUAUCUAAAUUAUGGAUUUUACGGACACUCAAGACUCUAUGAUCUUAACACACUCACCGCUCCUGACGAGCUCAGUGACUGUCAUCGAUUCACUUUAGCCCCUGAAGAAGACUGUGAUUUCAAGUGGAGGCCUGAUUACAAAGGGCUAGAGUCAAGUUGCAGAGCUACUCGCCAGAUGUACUUAUGAUUUGAAGGUGUACAUAUCCAGACAGAAGUGCUGCAUUUUAGAAAUGAGUGGAGCUGAUGGCCCUGGCCCGUGACGUCCUCAUCAGUAUAUUCCAGUCUCUGUCUCUCUCAGUCACUUUCAUGUAAUGCAGGGUCAGCAACCGUUUUCUGUAAAAAAAAACAAACAAAAAAAACCCCACGUAGUAAAUAUUUGCAGGCCACAUCUUCUAUGUUGCAUAUCUUUGGUUUAGUUUAGUUUUUUGUUUUGUUUUGUAACAAUCCUUUUUAAAAUGUCAAAACCAUGUCUAACUUUGCAGCUGUACAAAAACAGGCCAGCAGCUGGGUUUGGGCCAUCACCUGCUGACCACUGGCGUAGAGAAUUAGUAUUUUGAUGUGGGGGUUAGCCCUGACGUUCAGCCAUACUUUAUUUAUACUGUGGAUUUCUGGAGACCAGAUCCAUGAGUCCUUUUUGAACCCUGACCGUUAUUUUAGAUCAUGAUCUUAACAGUAUUGCUGCAAAAUGGCAUAUAUGUUUUGUAAAAAGAACCUGUAAAUAACCUUGUUUGUGCUGUAAGAGUUACGUAUUUCAAAAAUGGAUGUCAUAUAAAAACUUAAAAUUUUUUCUGCUUUGAUUUUGAA